CUGUGUUGAGCAGCUGUAGUCAUCGGAACAAGUGAGUGAAUCGCAGACUUAUAUAUGUUCAGUCUAAGCCAUUAAAUUUUCUUGAAGACGUUGCAAUCUGAGAAGAAAGUAGCAAUAGUAAUCGACCAAACAGCUCCACAGUUUGGCAUGGAUUAAAUGAGGUGUUUCUUUUGUUUUUUCUUUCUCUCCAUCUCUUAAGUGGAUUACGCACGGAGCUCCCGGGACAGAGAAAAAGUUCUGAAACUAUCAUUUUGUGGAACUGAAAUGCGCAAAGAAGUGUUCUUUACUGCGCAGAUUUUAACAAGCUACUCUUGCUCUACAAUUAUUCUACGCCUCUAUGGAUAGAUUAGGCACUUUUUUAACUGGGUAAACAUUGAGCUCACCUUAAAACUGACAGAAUCUUUUAAUGGAUUAGAGCAAGGCUGGAAUUAAGUUAAACACAGGGAGAGAAACAUCUCAAAAUAUAUGCUUUGGGGGAUGGCAGCCGCCACCUCAAGUCCUUAUCUAGCCAGCAGCAGGAUUUUAUCCAGCCCGGUCGUUCAUUCUGAUCGAAGAGGUGGUGGCAUGCAGCCUGGCAGCACAGCCGUAACCACGGUGUCUGGUGGAUACAGAGGGGAUCCUUCGGUUAAGAUGGUGCAGAGUGACUUUAUGCAUGGAGCCAUGGUUGCAAGCAACGGGGGACACAUGCUAAGCCAUGCCCACCAGUGGGUGACAUCGUUGCCUCAUGCAGCAGCCGCAGCGGCUGCGGCCGCAGCGGCUGCAGCAGAGGCCGGCUCUCCGUGGUCCCCAAGUUCCCAGCCGCAGGAGGUGAAGAGAAACACCAGCAGGGAUGACCUUCACUCGGGCUCAACUCUGCACCACAGGUCCCCACAUCUGGGACCCCAUCAAACCCACCCGGGAAGUUGGGUAGGCACCUCCUCAGCGCACAUCAGCAUCACGGAGGGACAGCAGCAACAGCAGCAACAGUCCCUCAUUUAUUCCCAUCCCGGAGGAUUUACAGUCAACGGCAUGCUGAGCUCACACACCGGGCAAAGCCUCAUACACUCGGGGCUGGUGCGCGGGGAGUCCCCUGAGCUGGAUCACGACAACCAUCAUCAUCACCACCACCACCACAAUCACCACACGCACCAUCACCAACAUCACGGGGUGGGUCACGAGUCGCAUUCGGACGAGGAUACCCCGACAUCUGAUGAUUUGGAGCAUUUUGCCAAACAGUUUAAACAGCGGCGGAUCAAGCUUGGUUUCACCCAGGCAGAUGUGGGCUUAGCUUUAGGCACCCUGUACGGCAACGUGUUCUCACAGACCACCAUCUGCAGGUUUGAAGCGCUCCAGUUGAGCUUUAAGAACAUGUGCAAGCUGAAACCUCUGCUCAACAAAUGGUUGGAAGAGGCCGAUUCCACGACCGGAAGCCCGACCAGCAUCGAUAAGAUCGCCACCCAGGGCAGGAAGAGGAAAAAGCGCACAUCCAUCGAAGUGAGCGUAAAAGGUGCCUUGGAGAGUCACUUUCUUAAGUGUCCCAAACCCUCUGCACAGGAGAUCAACUCUCUGGCUGACACUUUGCAACUGGAAAAGGAGGUAGUCAGGGUUUGGUUCUGCAACCGCAGGCAGAAAGAGAAGCGCAUGACGCCGCCUGGACUUCCGCGCACCCCGGAGGACGCAUAUUCGCAGGUGGGCAGCAUGGGACCUGACACGCCGUCUCCCUCCAUAGAGUGCAAGAGGAUGUACAGCGACACGUGAAAAAAACUGCUAGGAAAAUCUGAAGAACAUAAAGGUGUUGUUUUUUCUUAUUCCUUUAAAAAGAAAUCUAGAUUAUCUGGAUAUUUCUUUUCUUUGUCAAAUUCCCAUCCAUCCAUUAAAAUGUUAUUUAUUGUGGGUUCAUUUCAAAACCGGACAAAAGUUACGCAUCCUUAGAUAUUUAUCUGCGUAAUGGCAGCUUCUGGGACGCAGUGUAUUUAAAAUCAACUUCAGUCUGCACAAAAAUAAAAUAUUUUAAAGAAACUGCUUGUUCAUCAAAAGAUGACAAAACAUUAGAAACAAAGUAAGAAUUUUUCAGAGAUUACAAAGUCCAGUUGUUCAAGCAGAAAAACGUUCACUUUAUCUCUGUACUGUAGAAAUGACAGUUCCCUUGUAAUGCUGCAGAAUUUAACAUCUCUCAUGUUAGACUGGGCUGAAGCUCAAAUGGAAGUUAUUUUCAACAUUAAGUUGUUUUUUAAUAAGCAGCAAUAUUUUAUAUUCCUUCUGAGGUGUUUCUCAUGUUUUGUGUUGUGUGGCAGUAAGCUGUGACUUAAUUGAAUGGUCAACAAGUGAUUUACAAAUAUUCCAAUACUGUACUUCCGUUCAUAACCCCCCCUAGGAAA